AUGCGCUAAAAACAUGAAAUCAGUCUCUCAAAACAUUCGCACCGUUCUGGACAUUCAUUUAUAGCCUCAAAAUUUGACGUAUACUCUUUUUCUAUGCAUUUACUGUUAUAAUAUAUUAUUUCAUAGAUGAAAACAGUCCGUAGUUAAUGUUAUGGAAGUAAAGAAACCCUCAGUUCGAUGGCGGCCAUCACCAAUCAUGAGCGAGAUAAUCUUGAGGGUUGUCAUCUGGUCAUCCUUCAUUUUAAUGGAACUGCUAACGCCAUUUGUCCGCGUAAUUCAACCCGAAGACAUGCACCAAUACAAAUACCCGCACACGGGCUUCCAAUACGUGCCUGCGAGCCUCCUCUGGGUGGUUUCCGUGAUCAUUCCCAUCGCAAUACUCUUGCUCGACUGCCUAAACACACGAAACAGACUUUAUUUUCGCCAGGGCAUGUUAUGCCUGACUUUACUGCUCGGUUUAAACGGAUUUCUAACUGUUUUGCUUAAAAUAAUCGUUGGACGUCCACGACCUGAUUACUACUUUCGUUGUUGGCCGGAUGGCACAACCGAUUUGACUGCCGCAUGCACAGGAGACAAGAAAAGCAUCAUCGAAGGGCGCAAAAGUUUUCCAAGCGGACAUGCGAGUUUCUCAUUCGCAAGCAUGAUGUUUCUAUGUUUUUAUCUUGCUGGACGACUACAGACGUUUGAUAAAUACAGAGGACAAACAUGGCGAUUAACUGCGACAGGUUUUCCAUUGAUUAUCGCUAUCUUGAUUGCUGUAAGUCGCACUUGCGAUUAUCAUCAUCAUUGGGAAGAUGUGGUUUGCGGCGGAUUGAUUGGAAUAUGGUUGGCUUAUGUUUGUUAUUAUCAAUAUUUCCCCACGUCCAGGACGAGUACAACUCACGUAUCCACCGGCAUUGAUUGAAAAUGUUAAUUGCUUUAAAAGUAGCUUAAUCACAAUUUAUCUGCACUAAAAACACUUUUAAAACGCGAGCAAUGAAUGUACUAUACUUGUAUUAUGGUAAUUUAUUUAUGGUAAUCUUAAGUUGGAUGAAAAUAUAUAUUUAUCGAUGUUAUAA